AAACUCGACACAUCUCGGGACCUCUUCAAUGUUUCGCGAUUAGCAACCAGGGCUCGCCAACUCGAGCUCAAGGAAAUGUUCCACCCACCUGCGUAACACGCCUUAUCUUUCUUUCGCCUACCUUCUUUUUUCCCUUGAUUCUUCUUCUUCCGCCUCCGGCGCAUUAGCGUAAACCGCCCGCCGCGGCUUCCGAAACACCUUCAAGCUUGCGCCACAAAGCAACAUCCCGCCGCGCGGCACUCCCAAAUCUCAAGACGUCACCUCGCCAAACCACCACCCCGAACCCCCCAGCCCACCAACCCCAAGCGCCUCCGCGCAAACCAUCACCCCCAAACAAAAAAUGGGCUACCUCCUCUACAGCCUGACCUUCCUGGUCCUCCUCACCGGCACGACCCUCUACCUCACGCGCGCGCGCUGGCUGCCGGGAUUCCAAUCACGUAUCCGCGAGCUGCACAUCCCGGGCAGCGGGUAUCUCUACUCGCGGCUGGCGCCCGGGUCGUCGUUCGAGGACGACAUGGAGGCGGGCCUGUCGUCGGCCAACUUCGACCUGGCGGCCAACGUGGAGGGCGGGGACGGGCGCGCGGGGCUGGACGACAAUGCCAAGCGGGAGGUGCUGCGGAUCAUGAAGAAGAGGAGGCUGAAGUUUGACGAGGCGAGGCGGGUGUAUAUGGAGCAGCGGUUUAAGGAGAAUGGGAUUGGGGCGGAUGGGCGCCCGAGGGAUCCGAAGUUUGUGAGCUUUUCGUGAGGGUCUGAUCCGGAAGGGUGUUUUUUUUUUUUUUGCUUGGGGCUGUUGUCUGCUUUUUUCCUUUUCCUUUUCCUCUCGGGGCGGAGGAUUGUUUGGGUGUGGCGAGGUACCACCCGGCCUAUCAUUAAUAUUUCCUUUAGAUAUUCGGCCAUUUCCUUGUGUUUAUUUUCCCUAAGCGGGAUUGCGAGGCGUUGAAGGGGUCAUGGGAUGCUUGGGGCUACGCUGUCUCUGGGACGGUGAUACCAGUCCCUCCUGAACGCCGGUCGAGACGGAGUAUUUCCAUGCAACCAUGACAGUGGCGGACGGAAGCGUUGUUUGUAGCGACGCGUGUGGACCUUGGAGUCAUAUCUUAAACCACGAUAUUUCACUCGCCGUUUUCAGGCUUUGGAAGAUGGAAGGCUGCGAUAUCCGAGUGCCAGUCAGAAUAAAGAUGGUCAUUGCGAUUGCUUA